AUGCGUCCCAUCGCCAUCUUAACCCUCCUCUUCGCCGCCAUGGCCAUCGCAGCACCUGCUGUUGAAAAUGCCGACAACGCCGAUAACGAAGCUGUCGUCGAGGCCAAUGCCAAUAUCCCCGAUGCUGAGUUGGUUGCCGAUGGCCUUGACUCCGAGGCGCGGUGCAGCAGACGCUACUAUGAUUGCAUAGCUGUAUGGAUCCCUACUAUAUCUAUCUGUUGUAUCAAACUACUCUGUCGCUAG